AUGGGCAAUAGCCACCACUACUGGAUCAUCGCCAAGGUCAACGGACGCUACCGCACCCUCGCCUUCGCGGAAUCGGGCAACUGCAGCGACACAGACGCAAUCUAUGGCUGCUACCGCCUCCUCCAGAUCUUCGGCUCCUCCAGAAACCGAACCCUCCUCUCCCACGACCUUGACCAUGCCGCCCCCCAAGAUUCAACAUGCACAUGCCUCUACCUCGGCGCGACCUUCGACUCCUGCCUCGACCCUUACCCCUACAUGUAUCCCGCCAUCCUACGUCACUUCCAGGUCACGCCGAUGCAACUGCUCGUAAUGAAUAAAAACGGCUGCACCAUUGUCGACAUUACCGAUCUACGACACCUGCGAUACUGCUUCAUGUUCUACCCCUCCAUCAUCCACGAUCCCAUCAUGAAAAAGAUCACUAAAGAGAGCGAGGAAUACGACUCCGACCCAUACCGCUAUUGUACCAAAGAGGAGAAAAAAGAAGUCGCGGAACGGGAGGAAAAGGAUAGGCAGUUUGAGGCGACAAAAGAUACGUUCCGCUGUCGCCUGUUUGAUGCGGAGAAAUACCUCACCUGGCCGGGGUUCCAGUGGGCAAAGAUUGGGGAGUAUGAAAACCUGAGCGAGUGGGAUAUGAUCGACGAGGGGACGCUGCGUGAUCUAUGGCCGGAGAUCCCCGAGGAAUGGCUACGCAGGGUACGGAGUGACAACGCCCUCGACUUCUCAGCGUUCCCCCAGCUCCCCGAGGCGGCGGUAUCACAGCUUCUAGAGGUUGCCGACCACGGCGACGACAUCACCCGGGUUGGCCUCUCGGGGCACCAAAACGUCAACCUCGAAGUCCUCUCGAAGCUUCUGGACAAACUCCCCAAGCUGACGUUCCUCUCUCUAAUGCAUAGCUCCCUCUCCCUCCCAUCUCUCUUCCAGCUCCUCCACGAAAAAGGCGCGCGCACCCUCAAGCUGUACCACAACGACCUCUUCUCCGCCGCUUUUACCAGCUCCCCAUACCCAGAUAAAGCCCAAGGCCCCCUUGUCUCUCUCCCCAAUUACCACGCUCUAAACUGGAGCCUUGACCAUAUCGUCUUCCUGUCCAACAUCAUGGAGAAUGAUAUCUCGAAAAACAACCGGAAACCGGAACGGGAACGAGAAUCCGAAACUCUCCCUGUUACUGUCCCCCGCCUCACCUCCGGCGGCCUCCAGUGGAGUUCACUUCUCCCCCCCGAUUGCAUCUCCUACCGCCAAGACUACGAUCGGUCAUUCUUCUUCGCUGAUAUCCCGCUGGACGACGCGUUUCUCGACCCGGGGAGACUUUCUUCAUGGCUGCCACGUCUCCUCUAG